AUGGGUGGUGUUACUGUUUACAUUAACAACCAUCCUGGAAGAGGAGUAGGACAAGAUGAAAACGGAUACUACUAUAUUGAUAACUCAGGUGGAAGAGUUUAUCUGACGGAUGAAUGGUACCCUGACCCAGAAGGGACUUACAGGAAGAUCACACAUAGUCUGAAAGGGGAAUAUAAAAUAGGGAGUAUUAAGAAGGAGCGGCAAGAAUUGAAAACGUUUCCUAACUUAGAAAGUCAUACUAGUGUUUCAGUCUUUUACUGGUCAGGGGACAAUGGCUUCAGCAACCCUCUCCUAAUUCAACUUGGCGAAGGAGAAAAUGAGUACUACACUAAUCCUAAAGGUCUUAAUAACUGGGAAGUAGAUGGUACUGCUACACCAGAUCUCAGGAAAAAACUAGAUGAACAAAACUGCCUUAAGAACAAAGCCCACAUUGUAGAUCUCUCUAAGAAGGAUAAAGCUACUUACAGCUGUCCUAGUUGUAAUACCAAAAGUAUCCGCGUAUACUCCCCGGGUACUUACUACGGACAUACGAUUGCUACUUCCGGUUUGAGUCUGGCUGGCUUUAAGGAUACUGGUACUUGGCAAGCUGGACUUCCAUCUCUAAAGAGUGUAGAAACAGUCAAGGUCUACUGGAAUAAGUCUGGUAAUAAUCCUAUCGUAAUCGCUCAACAAGUUAGUGGUACUGGUACUAAGUGGUUCAGAAGAAACGGUGGCAAUGUAAAUACCUGGACUCAAGUUGUUACUGAUCCUACUCCUACUGGUUCUACUUUUCCUACUCCUCAAAUUACUAUAGAUUUAUCUAUGAAAGCUAGUGCAUCAUACGCUGAUAAAACUGCUAAAGUAAAUAUAACUGUAAGAAGUAGUCACAUAGGUUAUUGCUACUACCGAUAUCAGCAUUCUCUCUGUGGUGGACCCUUUAAAGUUACUCAAGUUACCUAUAAUAAGGCAUCGCUUAGUGGUAUAGAAUUUUCUCCCGAGACCCCUAUGGACAGCGUCUCAGCAUACUACUAUGGAGAUGAUCCUGAGAAAAAAGAAAACCUCCUCCUGAUUGAACUGAGCUCAAGUGGUAGUAACACAUACAAGUACUUCUGCAAAGGAACUAAAGAUGCGAAUAUAUGGACUGAUGGAGGAACUGGUAAACUUACUGGACAACCUCUUCGGAACAAACUUGAUGAACUAAAGAAGAAACACCCUCUCCAACCACCUAAAUCUCAACUACCACCAAAUCCCCCUACUCCAGAACCACCGAAACAAAUACAUGCACCGUCUUCACAUGCUGGACGGAGUCCAUCUCCAACCACAAAGAAUGAACAGGGUCAUCAUGAAAACAAGGCUCACAUACAUAAUCAUUCAGCAAAAGAUGUUGGUAAAACACCCACAUCAGCCAAACGAAAUUCUACCCCCUCCGGAGUAAUAGCCGCUGGAGUAGUAGGAGGUAUUGUCUGUGUAGUAAUUCUUAGUCUUCUAAUAUGGAGGAUUGGGCCAUCACUGAAAACCUACAUGGCCAGUAGACGACGCCCCUUGUAG